AUGGCGUCUUUCGCACCCGGCUUGCGGAGGCUCGCACUGAGGGCAUCUCCUACGCUCUCUGUAUGCCGACAAUGCCAGCGCCAGCAGCCGCAAUGGCAGCGCUCGUCUCCGUCUCAUAUCAUCGACAGAAUCGCACGAUCCCAGCAGAUCCGAAGCUUCAACCAGACUAAGGCGCCAUUGAGCUUCAGCAGCAAUGCCAUCGCCGAGAAGGCCUCCCCGAUUGCCGAGCAAGCUGCCGCGGCGGCGAAGGAGGGCAUUCAGACGAGCGCGUGGCCCGAGACAAACUCCAAGUCCGUUGGCUACUGGCUCGUUGGCAGCGCCAUCAGCGUUUUUGGAAUUGUUGUCUGGGGUGGCCUCACGAGGUUGACUGAAUCUGGCUUGAGCAUCACGGAAUGGCGUCCCGUAACCGGCUCCUUCCCGCCACGAAACCAGGAAGACUGGGAAUCCGAGUUCGAAAAGUACCGCGCGUCCCCCGAGUUCAAGCUCCUCAACCCGCACAUGGACAUGGCCGAGUUCAAGAAGAUCUACUUCAUGGAGUGGUCCCACCGCCUCUGGGGUCGCUUCAUCGGAAUGUCUUUUGUCCUGCCUACCCUGUACUUCAUCGCCCGCCGCCGUGUCACCCCCAAGAUGGCCCUGAACCUCUGUGGGAUCUCCUGCCUCAUCGGCUUCCAGGGCUUCAUUGGCUGGUGGAUGGUCAAGUCGGGCCUCAAGGACGACCUUUUCGCUCCAGGGUCCCACCCGCGCGUCUCCCAGUACCGCCUGACCGCCCAUCUCGCUACGGCCUUCGUCUGUUACUCUUGGAUGCUCCUCUCGGCCCUCUCCAUCUUCCGCACCCGCCGUCUGUUGGCUGACCCCGUCGCCGCCACCAAGGCCUUUGCCGCGCUACAGAAUCCGGCCAUCAAGACGUUCCGUCGCCUCUCAUUUGGUCUCGUCGCCCUGGUCUUCACCACCGCCAUGUCCGGUGCCCUCGUCGCUGGCCUCGACGCUGGCCUCAUCUACAACGAGUUCCCCUACAUGGGUCUGGGCCUGACUCCGCCGUCCAAGGAGCUCUGGGACAACUUCUACUCCCGCAAGGAGGAUGGCUCUGACCUCUGGUGGCGCAACAUGCUCGAGAACCCCAGCACCGUCCAGCUGGACCACCGCAUCCUUGCCAUGACCACCCUGUGCUCCAUCCUCUCCCUCUUUGCGUACUCCCGUACCCGCCGUGUCGCUGCCGCUCUCCCCAAGGACGUGAAGAAGGGUGUUCUGGGCACCGUUCACCUGGUUCUGAUGCAGGCCGCACUCGGCAUCAGCACCCUCAUCUACAUCGUCCCCGUCCCCUUGGCUGCGGCUCACCAGGCCGGCGCCCUGGCACUGCUCACCGGCGCCUUGGUUCUGGGCCACCGCCUACGUGUGCCCAAGUCCACGCUAGCCAUGAUCCAGAGGCGGAUCAAGACUGCCAAGUCCCAAUAA